AUGUCUCUAGCAACUCUUGAUGUCUCACAACACCCCAAUCUGCGCACAGCGUCGGUAACUCUGUUCGAAGCGAAGGCAAAGAAGCAAGUGACCUUUGAGGCGAUUGCAAAAGAGAUAGGCCGAGACGAGGUUGCAGUGGCAGCUUUGUUUUAUGGACAAGCAAAAGCGUCCCCAGAUGAUAUCAAGAACCUAGCAAAGUAUCUGGACAUCGACCAUGCCACGCUAGAAGCGCAGAUGAGCGGCUUUCCAGAUCGAGGAAAGAGUAUUGAGAUGCCACCGAGAGAGCCCUUGAUCUAUCGGCUGUAUGAGAUUGUGCAGAACUAUGGCUAUGCUUACAAGGCUGUGUUGAACGAGAAGUUCGGCGAUGGCAUUAUGAGCGCCAUUUCUUUCUCGACCCAUGUUGAGAAAGAGGUGGACAAGGAUGGCAACACUUGGGUGAGUCUGCCAUCCAUAUACUUGGAUCGUUGUCACGCGGACCGCUGUGAAGAAGCUAACUGA